UGGUUAAGCGCAAUAUUGCUAUUACAAUAAUUAGUUUCAUUUGCAGGUGCACACGGCAAAUAUGAUGACAGUGAAGUUACAAUUCCAGAAACCGAUUUGCCGGAAGAAAAUGGCGAGCCCGUGUGUGAUUCGGAUGCGGACUCAGACUGCGACUCGAAUGGAGGGGACUAUGAUACGGAGUCCGAGCUUGAUUGUGAAGACGACGACGCCACCGUGAACUUCAAGAGCCCGAACGACCCCGCGGUGGUGGAGGUCGUGUGCAGGAAGGUGAACGAGGCCCUGGCCGGAGUGUGCGCCGCCCAGUGCUACAUCUGUGAUCGCCUCCUCAACACGCGCGGCGUGUGCCGUGUCGACCUGCAGUGCAUCCGGCGGGAGGCAGACCGCGAGGCGAUGCAGCAGCUGCUGGACAGACUCGUGACUGUCCCGGGCCAGUACGACAUGUGCGCGACCUGCCGCGGCUACAUCAUGAAGAAGGAGGUGCCGCCCAGCGCCGCGGUGAAGGGCUUCCGCUACCCGCCCCUGCCGCCCGGGCUGCGGCCGCUCACCGAGGUGGAGGAGCACGUCCUGGCGCUGCGCCUGCCCUUCCAGCAGAUCGUCCACCUGGGCACCAUGGGGCAGCGCGGCCAGUACGGCGUGCGCGGCUCCGUGAUCAACGUCCCCACCGAGCCGGACCAGACCGUGCGCACCGUCAUCCCCCUGCUGCCCGAGGAGGACCAGCUGUGCGUCGUCAACAUCAAGAGGAAGCUGAUGCACAAGCGGGCCUUCGCACGCAGCUUUGUGCGCAAGGACAACAUUAUACAGUGGGGCCGCUUCCUGGAGCAGUCCACGCUGUACCGCGAGUACGGCGCCAGGUUCGACGAGACGCGCCUGGACGUGCUGCCCGGUGACCAGGACGACGAGGAGCGGUGUAACGAGGACGGCGAGGUGUUCUACGGGCAGCCCGACGAGCCGGACGGGUACAAGAACAUGCAGGAGCGGCUCGGCACCAUCCAGAACACCGUGCUCAUGGAGGACCGCGUCGUGGUGCCCGCCCAGCCAGCCGCCAACCGAGCAAAUGCCGAGACGGACGAGAUCGACGUGGCGCCCGGCGAGAACAAGAUCCCCGAGAGCGUGGUGCGAGACAGGAGGGCAGAGGAGCUGUCGUUCCCCGGCAUCUACCUGGGCGAGCCGCGCACCUUCACUCGCCAUGUGACUCGCUACCAGGCCAUGCGCAGCGAGAUCCGGCGCGUCGACCGGCGGGGCGCGCGCCCCGCGGCUGUGCUGUACAAGUACAACGUCAACGCCCGGGAGCAGGCAGCAGGGCGGCUGCGCCACAAGUUCAAGCGCGGCGCCAAGGAAGUUCUUGGCAGAAAUAUUACAAAAGAACAGCUUCUCGACAAGAACUUCGUCGCGGCCUCCUUGAAGAAGGGGCUCGCCAUGCCGUCCUUGCUUCCCAACUCGGCUGAGUACUGGCGGGGCCGUGGGCACGACCUCUUUGCCGCCGUGAGACAGCUUGGCCGGCCGCAUCUGUUCCUGACGCUGUCCUCGGCGGAGUACCACUCCCCCAUCCUCAUCAACGUGCUGCGGCGGCUCCACCGAGAACACGCAGAGAUGGACCGCUUUGCCUCCACGCCGUCCAUGUCCGUUGGUCCGGCGGCCAUGGAGGCCAUCGGCGACAUGGUGCAGCAAGGAGACUUGGACCAGGGCACCGUAUCGUCGGAGGAGAAGCUCCGCCUCAUUCGCGAGGACCCCGUCGUGUGCGCAAGUUACUUCAGAGAAAUAGUGCUCCAGCUGAAGAAGUACUUGCGCAUGAAGAAGAAUGGACCAAUGGGCAGGUAUUUCAUGAAGGAUUGGUUUAUUCGUAUUGAAUUCCAGCAGCGUGGGUCCCCUCACGCACACUGUCUCCUCUGGCUCAAUGACGGUCCCGACAAGCCCUUGGAUGACCUGGCCGCAACGAUUGAGUUCAUCGACGCCCUCAUCACGUGCGACAGCUCUCACCCUCUCGCGGACCGGAACAAGCACCACCACACCUCAUCUUGCUUCAAGAACAAGCACAUCCGGCACCGCUUCGUGAAGAAAGGCCUCGACCCUCAUGAGGAACAUCGCCACUGCCGCUUCGGAGCGCCGUUUUGGCCGACGCCCACCACCAGGGUUGUGUUCCCGCUGCGCGCCGAGGAGGACGAGCGGAGGGAGGAGGACCGCGAGGACGAGGACUGGCCGACCUACAUUGAGAAAAUGCGGAAGCUCCGCCUGAAGCUCAAGGACGUGCUGGCCGCCAAAGACUGCCCGGACACCCUGGAGGGCGUGUGGCAGCGCGCGGGCUGCGAGAACGACGCGGAGUACGAGUUCGCCAUCCGCACGGGCGUGCGGCGGCCGCAGGUGCUCUACAAGAGGGCCGUGGCGGACAGGUGGACCAACCCGCACUUGGUGUGGACGCUGAGGGCAUUCAUAGCGAACGGCGAUGCUCAGCUGAUCCUGGACAUCUACAGCUUAGCCCGAUACUGUGUCAGCUACAUCACCAAGGGCGAAAAGAGCCACUCUCAGCUACAUAAUGAGAUAACCCGCUUGCGCCGCGAACAGGGCUUUGACGAUAGGACGUUAAUGAGGAUGCUGAGCUCCCAGACGCUACGGGCGAAGGAGACCUCGGCACAGGAGGCGGCGUGGGUGUUGAUGAAGUUCCCUCUGUGUGAGACCAGCCGCAAGUGCACCUUCAUCGACACCUCGCCGCAGGAAGAACGGGUCCAUUGCCCGAAGCCAGCCAAGGAGCUCGACGCCUUGCCGGUCGGGUCGACGGACCUGUGGUACCCGGACGUGUUCGACAUCUACUCCAGGCGGCCAGAUGAGCUGGAACACGUCACGCUGGCCCAGUUCGUCGCCCUGCACCACCAGUCCAAGGACUUCAAGGCACGCCGAUCCCACAGAAUAAUCAGGUACAGGCGAUAUGGAGAAAAUUCGGAGGACGCGGACGAGCGUGAGAACUUCUACCGGUCUAUGUGCACACUUCACCUGAACUGGCGCAACGAGGAUGAAAUUGUGCAGGCCGGCCGGGACAGCUCGUUCCAAGCUCUCUACGCCACCCACGAAGAGACCAUCUUGGAGAGGAGGAGGACGUUCGAAGCCAUGCUGGGUCUGGAGACCACGCUGGCGGACGAGCUGGAGGCCUGCAUUGCCGACGAGGAAGCCGAGGCGCUGGAGGCGGACUGCAACGCGCAGGGCAGGCUCGCCGGCAACAGCAAGCUGUUCUUCGAUGAGGAGGCUGUCGCGGAGUACAUGGACUGCGACAACGCGCAGGACGUCGACAUCGACCUGCCGGGGUCAUCGCGGCCGCAGCAGGCUGUGGUCCCGGCACAGGUGCGGCGCCGCGGCGUGUGGGACCGGCAGACCUACCUGGACCAGAUACGGCGCCUCAACAACAAGCAGAAGGAGGUGGUGCUGGCCGUGAUCCACGACGUGCGCACGCAGGCCAAGCCCCGCCUCAUCUACAUCGAUGGACCGGCUGGCACCGGCAAAUCGGUGGUUGCGCGCAACCUGGCCAACGCUUUCGAGGCGUUCUGCCCCGCCAUCGACAAGGACGACUCCAGCAGGGUGGUGAUCAGCGCCCCCACGGGCAAGGCGGCAUACAACAUAGGCGGUGGCACCUUGCACCACAACUACCAUCUGUCGUACAACCAGGAGGCCGACUCCACCCAGCGCUUGCACGACGGCUCACAAAAUAUCAUGUUGCCCCUGCAGGGUCAACAGUUAGGCAACUUCCAAAACUCCUUCUCUAACGUCCAGGCGCAGAUCAUAGAUGAGAUCAGCAUGGUGUCGGACCGGAACUUCCUCGCCGUGGACCAGCGCUGCAAGGAGGCAAAGAACUGCGAAGCGGACUUCGGUGGCCUCUGGACGAUUUGUUUUGGUGAUUUUCGACAACUUGUUCCCGUGGGAGGAUCCGCAGUGUAUCUCAGCUCUACGGAGGGCAUCGCCGGCAGUGCCCUCUUGUGGCGGAAAUUUUCCUACGUAGAGCUGACAGAAAACAUGCGCCAGGGGGAGGACAAGGAGUUCGCCGAGGUGCUCAAGAGGAUCGGGGACGCCGAGGAGCCGCUCUCAGACGCCGACCGUGCUAUGAUAGAGUCGAGGUUCGUAGCCGAGAACAACCUAACUGUGCCGCCCAGCUGCCCUAGACUGUACCACUGCAACGAAGACAAAGAUGCAUUCAACCUGCACGAACUUCUGAAAUCACCGAACCAUCACAUCAUCCGGCUGUUCGCACGGGAUAGGGUGCAAGAAAAUAGGAACUACCAGGGGUUGUUGGCACCCAGGGGGCGGAAACAACAACAAUCACAUGACAAACUUCUUGAGCGCGCCAAGAAACUCCCUACUGCCAAGGCAAAAAACCUGCCUCACCUUCUUCUGGCCGUGGUGGGGCAUUCCUACAAGCUGACCGUCAACGUCAGCGUGCCGGACGGCCUCUGCAACGGCUCCGUGGGCGUGCUGGAGUGGGUGCAGGUUGGCGUGCUGUGCCCGCAGUCGCGCACCCCCGGCGUGACUACCCCCGAGCUGGCCGUGCAGACCUUGUGGCUCCGCUUCCCGGGCGAGGUCGGCGCCGCGGCCAGUCGUGCAGCCCAGAACGAGCUUCGAGUGGCCAUCGAGCGGCAGAAAAGCCUCCCUCAGCACCUCCUGGACGCCCUGCCAUUUGAGCUGCCGCCGUGCCCCGAGGAGAACAAGAUGGCCGGCCUGGUGCCGGUGGAGCGCGAGGACCGCCAUCUCAACCAGCUAUGGACCGAGCAGUGGCGCCAUGUCUACCGGCAGCAGUUCCCUCUGGUCCCGUCGCUGGCUGAGACCAUCCACGGGUCUCAGGGCGGCUCCUACGAUAAGGUGUGUGUUGAGUAUUACGACCAGAUGCAGAACAACAUGGUGUACGUUGGGCUGAGUCGGGUGCGGUCGCUGGCGGGCCUCUUCAUCAACAACACCAAUGGGAAGAGGUUGCGGCGCGUCGCUAGUGGACGUGUGACCCGCAGGCGAGCUCCGCGACGGUCAUCCAACUUCUUCAACCACCCUCGCAUGGACAAGAAGGACGAGCCCCUGGUCAAAGAGAAGCAGCGCCUUCGCAGCAACCGCUUCGUGCCGCAGUGGGCGGCCCUGGCGCAGCGACCAGCGAACGGCCUUCGCAUCGUGCACCACAACGUGCAGAGCCUCAACGCCCACCAGCAAGACGUCGUCCUGGACAAGGCCUUCAUGCAGGCGGACGUCCUGCUGCUGGCUGAGACCUGGCUGCGUCCAGACCAGUCUAUGGACCUCGGGCACGGCCUGGCCAUGGUGGCGCGCUGUGACGCGCCCGUCCGGCAGGGGAACGCCGCGGGGGGCGUGGCCGUGUACUCCAGGCUGCCGCUCUGCCAGGAGCGAGUCGUGGACACGCUGCCCUCGGUCGAGGCGGUGAGCGCGCGUCAAGGCGACGAGCUGCUGGUGGCCGUGCUCUACUGCCACCCUGGAGCAAAGCUGGACGACAUCCUGGAGGCCCUCGGCGCCGUGCUGCCGUCUCACCCCACCGAGACGACCGUCCUCGCGGCCGACUUCAACGUGGAUCUGCAGUCAGCGGCGGGACGUCACAUAACUGAAGCACUGACAGCGAGGGGCCUGACCAGCUCCAGCGACAUGACCGUGCCCACCACCUACAACGGCACCACGAUAGACGGCGUGUACUCCAACAAGGCCGCAAUGAGCGUGGGCCGCUACCAGUCGUACUUCAGUGUCCACAUUCCCCUCAUCAUUGACAUUCCGACAGGUAAUGUGACUAAAUCAACAACUUAUUUCCAAUAACAAAUUUAGUUUGCAUUGAACUUACGAAGUUUUAAUUUGUUGCAG